CAACCCUAACUUCUCCUCUUUUGAUCGUCUCAACCGGCAGCCAGCCAUCAUCCUCUCAAUCCGCCGGCGUUCCUUCCAUCUUCUGCGCAGAUGCGGCCGAUAUUGAUGAAAGGCCACGAGAGGCCGCUGACAUUCCUCAAGUACAACCGGGAAGGCGAUCUCCUCUUCUCCUGCGCGAAGGACCACAAUCCCACCGUCUGGUUCGCCGACAGCGGCGAGCGCCUCGGAACCUACCGCGGCCACAACGGCGCCGUUUGGUCCUGCGACGUCUCCCGGAAUUCGACCACACUCAUCACCGCCAGCGCCGAUCAGACCGCGAAGCUCUGGGAUGUCCAGACCGGAUCUCCCCUGUUCACUUUCCAAUUCGACUCCCCCUGUAGAUCCGUCGAUUUCUCAAUCGGCGAUAAGCUUGCCGUAAUCACCACCGACCAAUUCCUUGACAUUCCUUCCGCGAUUCACGUGAAGCGGAUAUCUAUAGAUCCAGAAGACGACAUUGAUGAACAAUCUGGUGAAUCUGUGGUCACAAUUAAAGGAGUGUCCGUGGGAAGAAGGAUCAAUAGGGCCGUUUGGGGGCCCUUGAAUAGGACUAUCAUCAGCGGGGGCGAUGACGCUGUCCUUCGUAUCUGGGACGCCGAAACGGGGAAAUUGCUCAAGGAGUCUGAUAAGGAAUCGGGUCACACGAAGGGGAUUACCUCUCUGGUGAAAUCCGCGGACGGGUCACACUUCAAAAACGGGUUCAUUAGACAAGUCGGCGAAGCUCUGGGACAUUAGGAACUUGACACUUCUCAAGACAUACGCGAGCAACAGCCUGGUGAACGCGGUCGAUAUGUCGCCCCUCGUGGACCACAUUGUGCUGGGAGGUGGCCAGGAAGCCAGGGACGUGCCGAAAUCAGACGGGGGCAAGUUUGAGGCCAAGUUCUAUGACAAGAUUCUUGAGGAAGAGAUUGGGGGUGUCAAGGGCCACUUUGGGCCGAUCAAUGCUCUGGCAUUCAACCCUGAUGGGAAGAGCUUUGCAAGCGGUGGGGAAGAUGGGUACGUGAGAUUGCAUCAUUUUG